AUGUGUGAAAUAGUUGUCAACGAUUUGUUUGAUGAGAUUAUCAAUGAAAACAAUAGACUUUGCAAUCAAUUGGUGUUUGCAAUGAAAUGUUUGGAUGUUUUGCAAACAUUUGAGACAUUUAUUAGAAAAGUGAUGACAUUUAAGACAAUUAUCAUUAAUGAACAACAAUUGUCAUCACAAGACAUACAAACAUUGGAUCAAUUGGACAAUCAAUUACAGAAAGUAUUGAAACAAUUUCAAGAGAUAAAGAUCGCCGCCAUCCGCGACAAGUCAUUGAAAUGUUUGGUUUGUAAUCACAAAUGUCUUAAAGUCAGUGAUUUGGUCAGACAUUUGAAGACAAGACAUCAAAUCAGACCAAUUGGUUGCAAACUUAACGGCUGUUACGAGUUGUUUGUUACCAAAGAUCAACUAAAACAACAUGUCUUUCAGCGACAUUGUCUGACAACUGAAGACUUAAUGAAUGAGUUGUUUGAAACGAAAACUGAAGAAAACCGUCGACUCGUUAGUGAAAUCAAAUCUGCGACAAGACUUUUGCAAUUUUUUGAGACAUCCGCCGAUUUUAUCGUAAAAGUUGUAGAUUUGAAGACAAUUUUACGCCAAACAAACUGUUUGUCGGCCAAAGAGGCGAAAGAAGUUAAUAAAUUAGAUAUUAAGUUGAAGGAUGUGCUCAAAGAGUUGACCGACAAUAAGAGGUUCACUAUUAAGACAUUAAACAAAGAUAUCGACGAUAUUGAAGAUCACAAAAUUUUACAGAAGAAAAAGCUUAGUCGCAGUCAUAAACAUAUUAAACAACAAAAUGAAGACAAAGACGGCGAAGAUCUUAAAGCAAAAUAUAAGUGUCAGCACAAGUCGUGCGGUAAAGUGUUUAGUAAAUUAAGUUAUUUGAAUAAACACGUGCUUUACAUACACGUGAAUCGCAAUUUAAAGUGUGAUUAUAACGGAUGUGAUCUAAUAUUCAAGAAUCCGACACUUUUACGCCGUCAUAAACAGCGUCAACACAAUGAUGGUGUAGAUGUUGACAACACGUGCGACAACAACAAGUCAUUCGCGUGCAAAAUAUGCGAUAAAGUGUUUAACAAACAAAAUCUACUAUCACUACACGUUCGUCGACAACACGUGAAUCGCAAUUUAAAGUGUGAACAUAUCGGAUGUGAUCUGAUCUUUAAAAAUAGGGAAACAUUAAUCCAUCACCAAAAGAAACACAAUGGUAUCAAAUAUAAUUGUCCGGAACAGGGAUGCGAUAAAGUGUAUAAUACAAAACAUGGUCUUAGAUAUCACUGUAAUAUUAACCACAAACUGUCCACUACUGGCAACUCAAAGCCAUACAGAUGUACGCUGACCGACACGUGCGUCAAGUCAUUCACGUGCCAACAAUUACUUAAUAGACACAUAAGUAAUAUGCAUUCCGGUCAGACAUUUUCGUGCGAUUAUCUCGGAUGUGAUAAAACUUUUCGAUCCGAGAAGUUAUUGAAAAUACACAAAAAUAAACACAAAGAUAUUGAGUCUGGCCAACAGUUUCCAUGUUUAGCACCGGGAUGUGGUAAAGUGUGCAAAACACAGUACAGCCUAAAGUGUCACUUGUAUACUAAUCAUACCGAUAAAGUCUACCGUUGCGAUUGGUCGGACUGUAAUUUCACGGCCAGUACUUCCAAUUUACUAUACAAACACAAACUUACGCAUAAAACACAAGUACUGCAAUAUAAAUGUCCGGAACCGGGAUGUGGUCGAGUGUUUCAACAACUGUUCCGAUUAACCUUUCACCGCAAACACCAUACAACUGUCUACCGGUGCUCGUGGCCCGAGUGUACAUAUAUUGGAAAAUCGUAUCAAUGUCUGUACUUUCACCGGACACAAGUACACCAGAAAAAAAUCUACCGAUGCGUUUGGCCCGGCUGUGAAUGGCAGUCCAUACAUCCAAGUGCUUAUUAUAUUCAUCGACGACAGCACGUCGCCAAUAGUUGUGACGACAAGAUUGUGAAAACCUAUCGAUGCGAUUGGCCCGGUUGUGAUAAAGUAAUGACUAACCGUAUCUCUCUAUAUCAACAUAAGUUGAUACAUACGGGAAAACAGUAUCCGUGCGAUUGGCCGGGUUGUAAAUAUGUUACCAUACGUAAGACACAGUUGAAACUACACUGUCAAACACAUUUGCCUAAAGAUAAACGAGAAACUAAAUACCAGUGCUCGUGGCCACAGUGCGAUAAAAUAUUGUCAACCAAUAAGACACUUAGGGAACACAUGAGAAUUCAUACGGGAAAGCCGUUUGAGUGUCAUUUUGAUGGCUGUUAUCAUAGGACAGUGUCGAGGAGUGCACUCAAUCAACACAUUAAACUUAGACAUAAUUUAUAGUAAAAUAUUUAAUGAUUUAAAAAUGUUUACA